GACUUCUGCGCCUACGCUGUGCUGCUAUACACCUCUCAUCGGUACUUACGAAGGCUUGGUACUCUGACCCACUAAUCAGGGAACGACGCGAUCAUGGCAGAUCCCGAACUUGCUGCAAUCCGUGCGGCUAGGAUGAACCAACUCCAGCAGAAUGCUGGGGCAGGCGGCGAAGGCGGCGAAGAGGAGGCAAAACGAGUGGCAGAGGAACAGAUGCGCAGAGAUCUGUUAGCGACAGUGCUAGACAACGCUGCGAGGGAAAGACUGGCCCGCAUUGCCCUUGUCAGUCCACAACGAUCACAACAGAUCGAGGCAAUCCUCUUGCGUAUGGCGCAGACGGGGCAACUGCGAGGAAGAGUGACAGAAGAUCAACUCAUAGAUCUACUGGAGCAGGCAGAAGAAGCACAAUCAAAGACAGCGGCGAAGAAGACCACUAUAGUGUUUCAGCGCAGAAAAGGAGGAUUCGACGACGAUGACUUCGACCUGUGACAUGUACCACGAGUUUCUUGCACCAUGUUCUCACCACUAUCGACUUGCUAUGUAUGCUUUCUACAAACGGACAUACGGUCGGUCUACUUAUUUACUUAGCUGCCAGCUGACUGAAUUACUGACAGCGACACGGCAUGUAAGUUUAUCAUUUGACGAGCAUGCUAUGAGCAUGAUAGGUGACGCUGCCGACAUAAGGCCUGACCGUGUCCGUCGUUGGU